CAUUUCCAUGAGAUCAAGAAGGCAGCAGCAUAAUAUCAAAAAGCUUAGCCGUUUUGGGGUUAUGGUCAAUUUUAGGAAAUUUUGUAUAUAGGCAUUUAGAGUCUUCUAUAAAUGCUGAUAUCUGAUGAUUAAUUAGUAUUAAAAAGAAUUAUUAUCUAAAAUGGCUGUCAGCAGGUGCAAGAUCCUAUUGAGUGUCAUUCAUCAACGAACCGUCUUUAGUGGAAUCACCUGUAACCUUCUCAACCAGUGUAACCGUAAACAUUUCUCGACAAAUGGAGACAAAUUAGGCUCUUCAAAUCCUGACCCAGUUGCAAAUAGCACUGAGGAGGCAAAAACAGAUUCGUUGAUUCAGAAAGAGGAGGCUGAACAUUCAGAAUAUGAGGAAAACAUAAAAAAUAACAUUCUGAAAGCCUCAUUGCCAUUUGUUGAGAAAUGCGGGUGGUCAAAGGAGACUAUAAGUCAUGGAGCCGAGUCUCUAGGUUACCCAGGAGUUGCACAUGGUAUGUUCCCCAGAGGUGGUGCCGAACUUGUUCAGUAUUUUUACGUCUCUUCAAACCAGGAACUUGUGGAGAUAUUGAAGCAGUUUGUUGGUGAAACAUCUGAAGAUCCAAAUAGCCCUAAUGAGGCCACCAAUGCAGUCAAUUCUAGGAAAGAUCAUUCAACAAAUACAGUGAUAUCAUUUGCUGUUGAAACAAGGUUGCGUAUGAUUGAACCGUACCUGAAUCAUUGGCCUCAAGCUCUAGCCAUCAUGACCCUACCACCAAAUGUACCAACAUCCUUAGCCAAUUUACUCACUCUUGUGGAUGAUAUCUGGUACUAUGCUGGAGAUCGAUCUGUUGAUUUCAAUUGGUAUAGCAGGAGAGUAGCUCUGGCUGGAAUAUACAAAAUGACAGAACUGUACAUGAUUCAAGACGGCUCACAUGAUCACCAAAACACGUGGCAGUUCUUGCACAAGCGACUCGACGAGGCGUCGCAGAUCAACUCGUUCCUAGUGAAGGGCGAGUCAGCCACCCAAUUUGCCAAAGAUAUUGCUGCUGCCACCUUCAUUACAGCUAGGAAUAUACUUGGCUUGAAUUGGAACAGAUAGCGAUACGAGCAAUGAAGUAGAAAAGUGUUAAUUCAUCCCUGUGGAGGAUUGAUAUAAUUCAAGAGCCACAACUUAGAAGAACAAAACUCAUUUCAACAACCCAAUCAACAAGCUUCAGUCUUCUGUUGCUUAUCAAUAGUUAUUUUAUUAUAAUUACCGUACAUCACCAGGUUGCAGGUAAUGUCAUUACAAUCAUGAUCCAUGUAAGUUCACAGAUCUUAAUACUUAUAGUUUUGAAAAUAAUCUCAAGUGUGCAAACGUUUGUUAAUAUAUCCUAAUGAAAUGAACAGAUUAUACUUAUAUUUUGAAAUUAUUGACAAUUCAAUCCAUUGGCUAUUUUAGUCUAUUAGGUUUAAUCUAUGGCUUUGAAUUAAAUAUUUUUGUGAACAAUCUAAAAAUAAUUGGUACAAAUUAUAAUGGACUAAUUAAUAAUAAUAGUCAUACUUACAAUACAUUAAAUCGAACUGAAUAAUUCAUCAAUUUUGGCUGUGGAUGAACUGCAUUUCCAUUUCAAAGAUUAUUGAUUAUUCAAUUUGUAAUUCACUACUGUACCGUACCUGAUUUGAGAUUUUGUUUUUCUUAUCUGACAGUUGUUUUGUCUUGAGUUGCGUUAGCACGUUUGAAUCAUUAUAGACCAGUGGUUAAGUUGACAUAAUCUUUAUAUAUAUAUCAAUGAGUAAUACUUUUAUAAUGAAACAGGAUUCAAUUUAAUGGUUCAAUUUCAUGGCUAUUCCUUCUAGUAAAAGUUAAUUUUUCUUUCUCAUCCUAAGGGAAAAUUGAUCAAUAUUUGCCUCUGAAAUGAAAAUGAAUCAACUAUUCAUUUCAAAGUGAUUCAAGAAUGAUGCAAGUCAAACAAACCUGGAUGGUGCGAUGAAUUAACACCUUUCUAACAAGUUUAGUGAAAAUCAAAAAUUCAUUUAAUUAGAUAUGUCGUGAGAUCUGCUAUGUGAAUUUUUAAGAAAAGCUUCUUGGUUUUUGUAAGUUGAUCGGUAAUUAGUUUAUAUGAUUAUCUUUAUGUUACCAAUCGCCAUGUGAUUAUCAGUGCGUGUUUAGUUUAAUGUCAAUAAAAGGUUGCAGAAAUGAG